AUGGUCCUAUCCAAGCCGAACGAUGCUCCUGUACCGAAGCUUUUCGAUCUCUCCGGCAAAGUCGUUGCAAUCACUGGUGGUGGAGGAGGAAUUGGCCUUGCUGUUGCUACUGCAUAUGCCGAGGCAGGCGCCCAGGUAGCCAUUUUGUAUCGCACAACUACAACGGCUCCUGGAACCGCAGAAACCUUUACUUCCAAAUAUCAGACACAAUGCCGCGCUUACAGGGCCGAUGUCACUAUCCAGACCGAAAUUGCGGCUGCUAUCGACGCGGUCGUGAAGGAUUUUGGUAAGCUGGAUGUGAUUGUGGCCAACGCCGGUAUUUGCUCGGAGCAUGCGGGCGACGAGUACACUCCUGAGGAGUUCCAGGAAAUUAUGGAUGUUAAUGUCAAUGGUGCAUUCUACACCGCACAAGCUGCCGCAAGGGUUUUCAAGCGUCAGGGGUUCGGCAAUGUUGUAUUCACUGCUUCUGUCAGUGCAAUUCUUGUGAACACGCCCCAAAGGCAGGCUGCAUAUAAUGCCUCCAAGGCAGGUGUCCUGCAGCUGGCCAAGUCACUCGCCGUCGAAUGGGUGGAUUUCUGCCGAGUCAAUUGUGUUUCACCCGGUUAUAUCCAGACUCAAAUAAUGGAGUAUGCAUCUAAGGAUAUGCUCGACAAGUGGCUCGCCCAAAUUCCUGCCCGCCGGUUUGCUUCUCCAUAUGAACUUAAGGGAGUUUACCUUUUCUGCGCCUCGGAUGCGUCAAGCUAUAUGACAGGGUCGAACUUGGUGGUUGACGGUGGAUUUACUUUGCCUUAA